AUGGAUCACGUUGACUGGCUAGCUUAUGAAUGUGGUCCCAACGCUGUUGCUGGAGUCUGGGACAAUGAUCAAGGUGCGCCGGGAUGCGGCUCGGGCUUAGUACCUGGGCAGAUGAACAACCUUGCGCGCAACGACGAAGGGCCUGCGCCCAUGCCGGCACAAACGAAUGGUAUGUAUCCAGUAUCACAACGUGGGAAAGUGCCCAUACCAGGGGUAAAGGGCCAGCAACAGAUUAUGGUACAGCAGCCAGCCAAGGUAGUGUGCUACAAUGUUAGCGACAUCCCGCCGGGUCGCCAGCCAGCCAAGAUCCUCCAAUGCGGCAUAUGCUUUUCUGGCAAGCUCUUCAACGGAGCCUACGAGAUCAAGCGCCACAUGGCGACACACUCUCAGGGACAGUUCGCUUGCGAUGAGCCAGGUUGCGAUUGUGUCGGUACGAGCGCCUUUACGCGCAAGGAUAAGUUGGUGAAGCAUAUGCGUGAGGCUCACCCUGGCCUCUGA